CCCAGGGCCCAGGCCCGCCCUGGCCGGCAGCAGCUGGGAUUGGUCUGAGCCAGAGGAGGUGUGCCCAGAUUCCCAGAGCCCUGGGAUGAACAAGCAGGUGCAGUUCCAGGACAACCGGGGGCCUCUAGCCAGGGGUGGGGUCUCUGUCCUCUAGCCAUGGCGCUGGCUCCUUUUGAGCCCCAGCCCUGUGGCCAUGCAAGGGUGCAGACUGCCUAGACACCACCACCUAUAGCCCGUGCCAUGGUGGUGGCCCGGGCACAGAUGGCUCCUGCCAUGGAUGCGAGGGAGAUGGUGUCCCCGGCUGUGGACCUGGUGCUGGGUGCCUCAGCCUGCUGCCUGGCCUGUGUGUUCACCAACCCCCUGGAAGUGGUAAAGACUCGUCUACAACUACAGGGGGAACUGCAGGCCCCAGGCACCUACCCACGGCCCUACCGGGGCUUUGUGUCUUCUGUCGCCGCCGUUGCCCGGGCGGAUGGUCUGUGGGGCCUGCAGAAGGGGCUGGCCGCUGGCCUUCUCUACCAGGGCCUCAUGAAUGGUGCCCGUUUCUACUGCUAUAGCCUGGCGUGCCAGGCUGGCCUCACCCAGCAACCAGGUGGCACGGUGGUCGCGGGUGCUGUGGCUGGGGCAUUGGGAGCCUUCGUGGGGAGUCCUGCUUACCUGGUCAAGACACAGUUGCAGGCCCAGACGGUGGCUGCAGUGGCGGUGGGGCACCAGCACCAGCAUCAGGGUGUCCUGAGUGCCCUGGAGACCAUCUGGCGCCAACAGGGCAUGCUGGGGCUGUGGCGGGGCGUGAGUGGGGCUGUCCCCCGAGUCACAGUGGGUUCAGCUGCCCAGCUGACCACCUUUACCUCUGCCAAGGCCUGGGUACAGGACCGACAGUGGUGUUUGGAGGACAGCUGGCUGGUGACCCUGGCUGGAGGCAUGAUCAGCAGUGUAGCCGUGGUUGCAGUCAUGACUCCCUUCGACGUGGUCAGCACUCGGCUGUACAAUCAGCCGGUGGACGGAGCUGGCAGGGGCCAGCUGUACAGGGGCCUCGCUGACUGCCUGGUGAAGACCUGUCAACAGGAGGGACCCCUGGCACUCUACAAGGGCCUAGGCCCUGCCUAUCUGCGCUUGGGUCCCCACACCAUCCUUAGCAUGUUUUUCUGGGACGAGCUUCGGAAACUGGCUGCGAGGGCCCAGCGCCAGGGCACCUAGACUCAUGCCUCAUGCCACCACCAAGCCUGGCAUCUGGUAGAAGGGAUGGCUGCUUCAGUAAGACUGGCUGCCCGGAGCUAGCUUGAGUCAGGCCCUGCCACAGGUCAGGUGGAG